CGCAGUGAAGACGAAGAGAAAUUUGCCGAAGAAUCCGCCAAAACCAGUUCCCGUCGUAGCGAUCGCACUGCGCGUAGAUUAGCAUAAAUAUCGAUACCACAGUGGUGAAAAUUUUCAGUCGUUUUCGGAAAUCGGAUCGAACUACGUGGAGCACGCAGGUCUAUCGGGGAAUCUACGAUUGCCAAAUCCGGGUCGAGUGUUAUGAGAAGUGUAAUAGUGUAAAGAAAAAAGCCGUGACGGUGGAAUUUUAACUGCAACUUUAUGCACCAUGAGCGCCCAAUUGUCCAGUUUUACCCACUGAGUAUUGAUUCAAUUCACGACAAGUGUUGUGUUUGGGCGAGCAUUGUGCAGUGAUUUGUGAGUAUAGUUGGUUCCAUUCGUAGACGGUUUUAUUUUUCUAAUAAUUUCGUUGUGCUUGGAUGAGCAGAGAAAGAGCGAGAGAGUGAGCGGAAAAGAAGAAGCAAACGCCUGUUACCAUCCGCGAUCCGGUGUGUCUUCUUGUCGAUCGCCAACGGUUCCCCAUUGUUGUGCCACUUUCACAUCGCAAAGGUUGUCAGUACUUUCUCAGUCGUAGAAAAGUUUUCCGAAAUCUUCCUCAACCAAAAAGCGUAGUGGUGUUCCGGUUUGACCCGUUAGUUUUGCAUCUCGUGCGUGUACCAGACGAAAAUGUCACUAAGCAGAGUUUACGGAAUGCAGGCGCGGCUACGGACGCAGUUGCAGAAAAGUGCAAUCAACGUGGCGUCUACAUCGCCAGCGCCGUUGGUGUUAGAAAGUGCUGCCCAUCGGCGAUGGAUCGCAAGCGGAACGGUGUGCCACGAAAAGCUGGCCGCCAAGCCCGUGCAAAAACACGACUGGAAUCGGGCGGUUAGUGAGGCUGAAAAAAUCGUCGGUUACCCAACGUCCUUCCUGAGUCUGCGCUGGCUGUUGAGCGACGAAAUUGCCAACGUAGCGCUGCAUCUUCGCAAGCUAGUCGGAAGCAACCAUCCACUUCUUCGGACGGCCAAAGUCCUGAUCUACAACGGGAAGAGUAACAUGCAAGCUUGGGGCUUGAUUGUGUUGCUGGUUUCCAAGGCCGUCGGUCACGCCCCAACGAUACCGGAUCUAGAACAGGACAAAAGUGCCGGGGUGCUGCAAUCACAACGUGGACUGGCGGAGAUAACAGAAAUGAUCCGCACCGCCCAUCUGGUCCACCAAGGACUCGUUAACCUCCAGCCGAUGGUAAAUGCGGGCAACGAGCUCGGCAACGACACAGACACAAUCUUUGGCAACAAGAUAGCCCUGCUGAGCGGGGAUUACCUGCUGGGAAACGCCUGUCUUCAGCUAGCCGGAUUACGCAAUCAAUCCCUGAUCGAACUAAUUUCAUCUGCCGUUCGAGAUCUAACUGAGUCGAGCUUCUUUGGCGAACGUGACGUACAGAAUAAUGCACUCCCUUCGAGGCCCUUGGAACGAGCAGGCUCGGAGGCCAGCGUCAGUAGCGGUAUGGAGGUUGACUUGAGCUUCGGCGACAUGGUGGACAACACGCAACCGCUCAGUCUGGCUGGCGUGAUGGGCAACCCAGAGAAGGAGUGGUCGCUGAGGCACAUCCUCGGGGCUGGCAGUUUGCUAGGAAAAAGCUGCCAGGGCACGAUCAUGCUGGCGGGACAGCCCGAGUCCCUGCAGCGCCAGGGUUAUAUGUUCGGGAAGCAUCUAUCCCUGGCGUGGCAGGCCUGCAUCGAUUUGGAGCCGUUCAGUAGCGAUCAGCUGCCUCCGGGAGGACGUUUCAGUUUGGUGUCGGCUCCUGUUCUCUUUCACCUCGAUCACGAACCAUCGCUGUAUGCCGAAAUCGAAAAGGGCAGCGAGUCGGUGGAAAACAUCGACUAUGCAAAGGUGCACGCGGCGGUUAUGAGGGGGCCGGGAUUGGAAAAGACACGGGCACUGCAGAAGAGGCACAGCCUAGCAGCACUUACCGUCCUGCAGGAGUUUCCAUCGUCCGAUGCCCGGACGGCGCUGCAGAACAUCAUCUUUGCCAUGCAGGACAUCUAGCGCACGGAUCGGUGUGGCGGUAAACUAAACGACAACGACAUCCAACCAAGACAAUUUUACCCUCUUCGGAGCCCUUUUCACCGAACGCGGAUGUCCCCGGCCAUGGUAGGGGAGACGCAAAGGAAAAGGGUUAGCUGAUGAGAUGAUGACCGAUCGGCAAGAAAAGGUGUGGGCUAAAGUAAGCAUACGUACCAUUCCGUCCAGAGUGUGAAUUUUCUACUAGAUCAAAGUAGCUAUAAGUGACCGUAUGUGAGGCAGUGAGCAAGGGCCAGUGAGAAAAUGUGAUUGUGAGAAACCUGUGAACACUGUAGCGACGCACAGUGUCCAUUAAAAGUCACUAAGGCUACAAGAACUUGAAGUACAUAGAAGUUGUAGUAAGCUGGAGCCCUGUAUUACACUGCAUUCGUUUGACGGUUUAUGAUACAUUGUAACUAAUAUUUGUAAAGAAAUUCGGCAACUGUUAUGCGAAAUUGCGCACACUCAAGAUGUACACAGAAAGACCAUGCAUAGAUUACGGAUAGGCAAUCCUGUUUUGUUUCUACAACGACAAAUCUCCCUUAGCUAAAGCAAUAAUUAAACGUACAUACUAACACCUAGUAAAGGUGUUUGUUUUAGGUGUAAAGACAGUACGUACGUGUUGUUCAUGGCGUACUAUAGCGAAAUUGGAUAGGGUUAAGAAGGUGAUUGUGUUUUUUUGUUAUGGUUAUAGAUAUCUAUAUUUCCUCCUUUUUCAUUUUCCCCCAAUGUUUGUAACGUGCGGGAGACCGGAUUUAUUUCUCGCACCUAUUUUCCACACACUUGUAUCUACAGUUCUGUUGUAAAAUAUUUAAACCGUGUUGUUGUAUAAAUAAAAAAAACUUAA